UCCCCGCUAGAUGGCGGCGUUACGCAGCUUCCCGAACACGUGGUCAGAUAUGUGCGCUAGGACAGUUUCCAGGUGGAGUUGAAAAGUUUCAGGAGGCAAAUAUUUCUCCCCACCUUCUAUUUGCUCUGAGCAGACAGUUGACGGCUUCAUUUGCAAGGACACGCCCCCUCUGACGCGGAGUAGGACGUCUUGACUCCUGCCAGCCCCGACCCCAGACCCAGACCCAGACCCAGACCCAGACCCAGACCCAGACCCGGUCCACUGGUCAACUUCUCUCGUGACUCUUGAAGCAACAUGGAAGUGUUGCGUGAGGACUCCUGCGGACUUUGAAGGCUCAACGUCGGGAACAUUUGUGGAGUUUGAGCGCAACUCGAGUGGAGUCACUUCUGGAGAGAUCUAUUCCUCCAACAAAUGACAACUUUGGAGUUCUUCCCACAUUCCCGCAGCUCCUAGCCGGCUUUUCAGCGCAGGGGUGACGUCACAAUGCGGGCCGCAGUGGUCGCCAUGGUGGUCUUCAGUACUCUCCUGCGGCUCCCCGUGGUCGUGCAGGCCAGCGGGGAGUUCUGCCACGGCUGGCAGGACCCCCAGGGAGGGUGGAAGGAAGGCUUCCAGUGCCCGGAGAAGAUCGACGGGCUGGACGCCAUCAUCUGCUGCGGGAAGUGCGAGCUGCGCUACUGCUGCUCCAGCACGGACGCGCGGCUGGACCAGGGCGGCUGCGACGACCACAGGCAGGACCAGGGACCAGGGACCGACAGCAAGGACACCGAGGACUCCGGUGCAGUGCCCAUCUACGUGCCCUUCCUCAUCGUGGGCUCGGUGUUCGUGGCCUUCAUCCUGGUGGGCGCCGUGGUCGCCAUGUGCUGCUGCCGCUGCCUGCGGCCCAAGCAGGAGUUGGCCUCAGUGGGCGGGGCUUCAGGUGGCCGCCUCCUGGAGACCAUUCCGAUGAUGUCCAACACCUCCAGGGGAUCGUCGUCCCGCCAGUCCAGCACCGCCACGUCCUCCAGCUCCUCCGCCCCUGCCGCCAACCCCCGCCCCACAGCGCCCCCCCUGCUUCGGGCGCAGGCCACCUGCUGCUUGCCGCCGGACGCCAGCGUCUUCGUCAACAUGCCCACCAACUUCUCCGUACUCAACUGCCAGCAGGCCACGCAGAUCUUGCCCCACCAGGGACAGUUCCUGCACCCGCAGUACAUCGGCUACAUGGCCCCGCCUCCCGCCUUCAUGGACCCCACGCAAGGCGGCUACAGACCCCUGCAGUCCCCCAGUCCUCCUCAAGGCGGGGCCGAGCAGAAGUACCCUCCAGUCACCGUGUGAUCAUGUGACCUUGGAGGUGGACAAACUUGGCGUCUGUUUGCUGUCAUGUGAUCAAGUCAGCCUAUUAAAAAUACUUGCAAGUAUGAGGGUGGGGUCCUUGAUUCACAACUUGCACUCACUGUGUGUGUGUGUGUGUGUGUGUGUGUCUGUGUGUGUGUGUGUGUGUGUGUGUGUGCUGCGAGGCUCCGCCCACCAGCUGCUGCAAACCAGGUAAAAGAGAUACAAGUAGAAAGUUACACUAAAUAUGUCCACACCUACAAGAUGAGGACACAAUGGAAAGGUGCC